UGUCUUCAUCACCAAUGUGAUUUACAAAAUUGAAAUUUUAUACUCUCGUAUAAAAAUGUAAUUUGAUUGGAUAAAGAUAAAGACGAACUUCGAUUGCUAGGAAAAUUAACAUAAACAGAGUUCUUACUCAUCUUUUUUGUUUAUCUCUAAACUACACGAAAUCGCCAUAUGGGAAAGACAAAGCAGAAACGACAAACCUAGUAAUGUUUACAUCGGGCUAGGAUGGCAAGUUAUAGUCGUGAACUUUACUCAGGGAAGAUACCAGAGGACAUUCCUGUGUUGGAAUUAGACACGUUGGAUGAUGAAAUAACAGCAAGUUACACAGGACCAGAUGAUGGCUUAGCAUUUCCUGUUAGAGAACAAAAUGGAAAUACAGGAUUCAAUAGUGUUGAUGUUGCAGGAAUUACAGAUUGGAAAAAGAAGUCGGAGAAAGGUUAUGGGAUUUGUAUCUCUCUUUAUGAACAACAUCCUGUCAAUGGAAAAAUGUCAGGAGAUCCAAUUGCUGAUGCAUUUGCCAUUUGUGCAAGGAAAAAUAAUUGUAUACUGCUUAUAGCUGAUGGUGUAAACUGGGGAGAAAAGUCAAGACUUGCAGCCAGAUGUGCUCUGUAUGGAGCUAUGAAAUACCUCAACAAACAUGUGUAUGAUAAACUUAAUCAACCAAGAAAUACAAGGGAAGUGGUAGAAAUUCUCAGGAAUUCAUUCGAUCAAGCUCAUCAAACUAUUCUGUCAAAAGAAGGUGGACUGACAACAAUGUGUGCUUGUAUGAUCUGUCCCAUGAAAGGAUCUAAAGAGUUUUCAGUAUGUUGUGUAAAUGUUGGAGACAGUUAUGGUUAUAUUCUUGGAGAAAGAAGGGGAAUUAGAGAAAUAACGGUAGGGUCACAUGACAUUAGUUCUGAACGAGAUAUUAGGGACGCUGGUGGGGCAAUAGGACCAGUCCACGGCAAUGACCCAGAAUUACAAAAUCUCACUUGUUCUAUGACUUUUGCAAGUGAAGGAGAUAUUGUGUUUUUAACUACUGAUGGCAUUUCUGACAAUUUUGAUCCUGUUGUCACAAAAGUAGCCAUACCUAGACAAGUUAAUGGUGAAAGUGCACAAGAUAUUUCUAAUUCAGAAGUAACUAUAAAACCUGAAAUGGAACCAGGUGAGAGACAUAUAUAUGGUAUGAAGGAGAUGGAACGGGUUAUUAAUGAACAAGAACUAGUCACAGAAGAACAAUGUACUGCACAAAGUUUGUGUAGUACACUUGUCCAGCAUGUACUUAUGCUAACUGAUUCUAAACGUAAAGUAUUGGAAAAUCCCUCGUUGUAUAAACGUAGAAGAAUGACACAAGACCAGAGACAGAUACGAGAUUCAGAAAUAAAGAAGAAAAUGGCAAAAGCACCAGGAAAACUAGAUCAUGCUUCAAUUGUUGCUUAUGAAUUAGGAAGAACUAACCAUGACAAUUUGGAAAAUAUUCCCCUGACAGGAAGUCCUUUAAUAACAAAAUCACCAAGUUCUGUAACCAGUACACCAGAUUCUAAUAGCAGUCGUAGACACUCACAUCAUGGUCUCUCAGGUUCCAAGCCUUCUCGUCCCAGGAAAUUAUUUUCACGCUUAAGAAGUCUUAGUGUGACAUCACCACAAUCUCCAUUAAGUCCAACAUCAUUAGGAAAACUCUCAAUUUCUCCACAGAAAAUUUCUUUUAAAAGAUCAAGAUCAGGAUCAGAACCAAAUACUCCAUCAAGCCCAGGAAAUGGUAGUUUUCUGCCUAAAGGUUCAAGCUCACCAUCUCCUAUGAGCCCUCAAAGUCCAAAUCGUGAUUUACCUAUUCCAUUACCAGCACAGCAUCCUAAAAGGACAUCUGUUUCAUAUGAAUCAGCCGUUUAAAGAAAUCAAAAUAUGAUAAAUUAAAAAAUGUUACUUUUUGGGUAUUAUAUAAUAGUUUAAGUUUUGAUUCUAUAUUUUAUUGUUGAUUUGUAUUAUUGGCUUUUUUUUAGAAACUCUACAAAGAGAAAAUAAAUUUAAAAUCCAUGUUAGUUUUCUUUUUUAAUGAAAUAUAUAUAUAGUUAACCUAAAGAUCAUAAUAUAUGAGAAUUAAAAUUUAUUUUAUGUAAAAAAAUAAGAAGUGUGUUUAAUACAUUGACUUGGAAAUUAUAAACAUACAGUUACUAAUGUGGAGUGCAGAUGCAUCUUGGAAUAGAGAGACAAUGUGCCAAAAGAUAAAGGUUUCAUGGCUCAUAUUUCCUGGUUCAGGAGCUUUCAAAAUUUAACAAGGUUUCUAAGCCUCAUUACUCAUAGAACAUUUUACAACUGUUCAAAUAGAUAAGUACAAUGUACAUGUAGGCAAGAUAGAAUAAGAUUUUUUAAAAGUGGAGGUAACUCUACCGUAAUUAAAAUAUAGACCAUAAAUUUCUUACUUGAAAAGAUUACUCUUUCAAUUUGUCAAAUUUGGUUCUUAUUUUAACAAAUAAGAUUGAUUCUUCUUACACAAGUAGAUCCAUUGACAUGUCAUUCAUGAAAGGUAUACAUAUAUACUUACUCAUGCUUUGAUUAGUACAACAUAUGAAAUAAUAAUAUGCCAUGGCAACCAUUGUGAACAUAAGACUUUGACUUUUAACACAGAUCAAUUUUAAA